GACUUCCACUGAACUCGAAUUGUCAGUGAGAUAAUGUGCAUGCACUGUCUGGCGGGGAAUACAUCCGAGCGCCGGUCGUCGCCAACGCAGCUGAUUAGUCUUGCAGUCUGUUCCGUGGCCUUGGGCGAGGCAGUCGCACGUCUUUUCCUAGUAGUUUGACGGCAUGACUGACAAUGGAAGGGACAACUGGCGCCGUCGUGCUCCGAGCCAAGACAACUGGAGGGCGAGAGCAAACAUCGAUGAUGCUCAGCUCCCGGUUCCUCAGCGCCAGCGCCCUGCUCGGAACGAGCGGCCAAGUCGACUUCCGCCACGCAGGACCGGAACGCCGAGCAGCCCGAGCACGCCCGAAACGCCACCUCCGCUUUUAACCACAGCAGCUGGUCACUUGGAGGGUCAAGAAGCCGCCAAACCCAGAGAAAUAUUUCUUGGAUACAAGAAGUUAGAGGAACUGGCCAAGGAUGAUGGUGUGACGAUCAUGGAGAAGCUGUCCAACGAAGCUAUGCUUACUGCCUUCCACAAACUCACGUCAGGAAAUAAAAUCCCGGACGACUGGAUUCGCCUCGUGGUUGCCAUCCUGGCGCGAGUCUGCCGGGUCGAGUACCAGCCCUUGGUGCUGCGCCUCUUUCACCGACUGUGUCAGAAAGAGUUCCUGGAACAGCUGCUGCUGCACAUUGUUCAACUAGGCAUGGACUCUGACCGAAAGCGGAGGGACGGCGUCGGUGACUUUCUUGCCAACUUCUGCGAGCUGUCCAGCGGAAUACUCAGAUUAAUACCAGUUUUGGCCUGCGAGAAGCUGGAGAACUUGGUGAAGAAGGCCGCCUCUGAAGCAUCGGACCUUCGGCCUUUUGAAGGAUCGGAGCACGUGCUGAAAGAGCUGGAGAACAUUAAGGCGAAGAUUAAGGCAGAGAAGGAAAGGUUGGAGAACUCGCGACCGGCGGUGCGCCCCGCCAGAGACUCCUCAUUUCUGCUCGGCCCCCCGCCUGAGGACUUCCGCGAGUUGCCGGUCUUCCCCACAGUGGAGGACCUGACGCUGCUCCACAGGCCGUACCUGCGGGCCAACAAGGUCCAGGGUGCGUACGAUGACGCCAACCAUUACCUGGACGUGCAGUUUCGACUCCUACGGGAAGACUUCAUUCGGCCUCUGAGAGACGGCAUCAGGGAGUAUUGCGAAAAAGUCGCAGAGUUGGGACCGAGCGGUUCUAAAAAUCGUUUCAAGAUCAACAACGUCCGCGUCUACGAGAAAGUCAAGAUUCUGGGCGUGAAAACGGAAGAAGAGCGCAUCGGGCUGGAUUUGGCCUUCGAUCCUGAUUUGAAACUCGCAGCUCGGGUGAACUGGGAGUAUUCCAAGCGACUGAUGCAGGACACUCUGCUUGUGCUGACACGAGAUGCCUCUUUCGCCUCGGUCACCCUGUUGACCGUCUGCAAGAGGGAUCUCACGGAGCUGCAGGCGGGACGGGUUCUGGUGCAGCUGUGUGAAGGUGCAGUGAGCGAAGAUCUGUUCCUGGGUCACUUCAUCAUGGUGGAGUGCAGCGUCUUCUUCGGGGCGUACUGUCACGCCCUCAAGGCCCUGCAGACCUUCGACGAGGACUCGAUUCCGCUGAAGGACUACAUUGUCUACGCGUCGAACGCUCGGGAAAUGCCUCCCUACCAGGCACGUGCCAUCGGAACUUACUUGUACCUUCCGCUGGCGUCGUCUGACCCUGCUUCGAUGACCGAAACUUGGCCUGUGAGGUUGGGUGACAGGGACGUUAGCUUGCCGUCGUCCAGCGACAUGGGCCUGGACGACUCGCAGUACAGGGCUUUGGUCGCGGCCGUGCACAACAAGCUGAUGCUUGUCCAAGGACCGCCGGGAACGGGGAAGACUUUCUUGGGACUCAAGGUGGCCGCCUGCCUCCUCCACAACAAGGCUCUCUGGACUGCCACUGCUCGUCCAAGGCCCAUGCUGAUCGUGUGCUACACGAAUCAUGCCCUGGAUCAGUUCCUCUCGGGCCUCUUGCCUGCUACCCAAAGCAUAGUCCGGGUUGGAGGUGGCUGCAAAGACCCCAAGAUUGAACCUUUCAGAAUCCACAACUUGAAACGCACCUUCAGACCGCAAGGCGAUCAGAGGCACUUGUACCAACGCAUACGCGAGCAAAGAGCCAAGUUCAACAUGGUGAAGAAUCUAAGUGACCGACUGCGGUACUGUCAUUCUAUGCUUUAUGACUGUGCCGGCAUUUUGAGUCACGAAACCCUGAAAAACUAUGGCAUCAUCACCAGGGCAGAGUAUGACUACUUCCGUGCCCACCCCAUUUUCCAGUGGCUCUGCGGUGACCUCUACGAGGUGGCCCGAGAGCUAGGUGACUCGUUCGAGGCAGUCGUGCUCCACGCAGGCCUCCUUGAUUUUGAAUGCGUGGAUGGGGCUGAAGUUGUCCACCAGCUGCGCAAUGACAUUCAGUUUUCCUUCUCAUGUCCGAUGGUUCAAGCAAAGAUAAAUGAGUUGGAAGAAGAGGACAAGCUGGAUAACCUUUUUCAUCUGCGGCACCUGUUGUCUCGUGUGAAAAGACUUCUUGAGAAUCCGCUCCCUAGCUCAGAAAACAUUGUACAUGCCCCACUUCACAAUCUGAACAACGUUCAGCGAUGGCAGCUGUAUAGAAUGUGGCAAGACCGUCUGCGGACUCAGUUUGUGAAGCCAGUGCUGGACCGAAUGAAUGUUGAGUACUCCGCCGCAGCAUCACUCCUGCAGCAAUGGAAGAUGGUCGAGGAUCAAACCAUCAUGGCCAACAACUUGGUUAUUGGCAUGACUACAUCUUACGCCGCUUCUCACCAGAGCAUUCUGAAAGAACUGAAACCCAGGAUAGUCAUCGUGGAGGAAGCUGCCGAAGUCCUGGAGGCCCACGUGCUGGUGUCUCUUGCCGGCGAUGUGGAGCACCUUGUCAUGAUAGGUGACCACCAGCAGCUGCGGCCCAACCCCGCCGUGUACGAGCUGGCGCGCCGCUACCACCUGGACGUGUCCCUCUUCGAGAGACUCAUCAACAACGGCGUCCACUGCGUGGCGCUCACCACGCAGCACCGCAUGCGCCCGGAGAUCGCACGCCUCAUCAGCCCGUCCAUCUAUCCGAACCUCAUCAACCACCCGUCCGUUCGCAACUUCCCAAGCGUGCGGGGCGUCACGAAGAACGUGUUCUUCCUCAACCACACGCGCCGUGAGGAGGAGGUGAAGGACGCCCAAAGCUUCCAAAACAGUCAUGAGGCGAACAUGGUGUCUGGUCUUGUCAAGUACCUUCUUCAGCAAGGUUACGAUCCGUCCAAAAUAACUGUGCUUUCCACCUACAAGGGGCAGCAGUUCUACUUCUCAAAGCUGCACCGUGAGGGUGACCAGACGCAUCUCAAAAACAUCCGCAAUACAGUAGUGGACAACUACCAGGGCGAGGAGUGUGACAUCAUUCUCCUGUCGUUGGUGCGCAGCAACUCCGAGAGCAAAGUCGGCUUUGUCGAGACUGACAACAGGGUCUGCGUCGCACUUUCAAGGGCCCGGCAUGGCAAGUACGGCGAAAGCCUCGGCGACGCCUUGCCCUUGCGCUGCGAGAUCCACGGGACCGUGACGCUUGUCUCCGCGGCGGAGGACUUCGCCAACUGUCCGCAGGGAGGGUGCACUAAGCUGUGCGGCACCAUGAUGCCGUGCGGCCACCCCUGCAACCAAGUGUGCCACACCCAAGACAGGGACCACAAGACGGCCAGGUGCAUGGAACGCUGCUUGAAGGAUGCCUGCAACGUAGGUCAUCGUUGCCCGGAUCGAUGUUGCGAGCCAUGCCAGCCAUGCAUCAUCCCCAAACACGAGGAACUGCCCUGCGGUCACACCGCCCGUAUGGCCUGCCACAUGGAUCCCCUUACGUACAAGUGCCUGACCAAGGUUACCGUCACACUGCCCGCGUGUCGGCACGAGCGUGAGGCCUCGUGCUACCAGACGGCCCAUCUCGACAAGCUUCCCUGCAAGGUGCCGUGCAACGUCCGCAUGGGCUGCGGCCACACCUGCGGCAAAAACUGCCACGUGCUGGACGAUCCCGAGCACGAGAAGGUCAAGUGCCUGAAGCCCUGUGGUCAGAAGAAGAUAUCCUGCUCCAUGGACCACCCAUGCAAGAAAAUGUGUUACGAAAAGUGCGAAGAGUGCGUCACCAUGGUGGAGAAAACCUUGGGCUGUGGUCACAAGUACAAGAUGAUGUGCAAGGAUGACGCCGCCAGCAAGGAGUGCGGUCACAAGUGCGCUCGCUCCCUGCCCUGUGGACACAAGUGCCCGAUGCUGUGUCGCGAGCCCUGUGCUCCGUGCAGAACACCGGUCAAGAAAACGGUGCCGGCCUGCAUGCACGAGCAGUUGAUGGAAUGCGGCAUGGACCCGGCACUCUUCAAGGACUGUGGCGCUCCGUGCAGGCGCUUCCUGACGGGUUGCGGACAUAGGUGUGCGUUGAAGUGCCGUGAUUUGUGCUCGGAGGCCCUCUGCACAGAGCCUGUGUUCUACCGGAAGGCUGCAGCUUGCGGCCACAAAAUCAAGGUCCCUUGCAACAUGGCCAGCACUUUGGCCCCGGACAGCCAGGACCUGCUGCUGCACUGCCAAGCGCCCUGUGGGCAGCUGCUGCUGUGCGAGCACGCGUGCAGCGGCACGUGCGGCUCGUGUCUGCAGGGCCGCUUCCAUGCCACCUGCACGGCCAAGUGUGAGCGGCCGCUCAUCUGCGGACACUUGUGCAAAGAGCCGUGCGCAGUCAGCUGCCCACCUUGCAACCAGCCUUGCUCCGUGGAAUGUGCACACUCCGUCUGCAAAUCUCGCUGUGGCGAACCCUGUAUGCCGUGCCAGGAGCCGUGCAUGCGAAACUGCAUUCACCGCAAAUGUGGCGUGUCAUGUGGCUCAAUCUGCCCCGAAGAACCUUGCAGCCUGCCUUGCUCGAAAACUGUUGAGAAGUGCGGCCACAACUGCGUUGGCUUGUGUGGCGACACCUGCCUGUGCAAAGAAUGCAAUAAAGACAAGUUUGAAAUAUUUUUCGGUAGAGAAGAUGAAGAAGAUGCAAGGUUUAUCAUACUCCCCGAUUGUCAACACAUCUUUGAGUCCUGGGGGCUGGACAACUGGAUGCUGGCGGAUGGCGACGGCGACGGUGAAAUCAUCCUGAAGGUGUGUCCAAUGUGCAAGACUCCGGUGCUGAAAAGUCAAAGGUACAGCAACGUUGUGAAGCGGAAGGCAUUCGACGUCUCCAAAGUCAAGUCCAAGGUUUAUGGCAACUGGGCUACCAUUCAACCGGCUACUGAGAACGCCUUACGAGCACUGAACGAAGUACUGCCUUUUCCUAACGGCUUCGAGGCAGCCAGUCAUCUUGUUACCACCAUUGAAAGCAUGCUACAGAAUGUGAAGAAGGAUUUUCCAGACCCAAAGAACCUAACGGGCACAAGGAAGAAGCCAUCUCGUAGUUGGACCGAGAUUCGGAACGUGGAACAGUUUUCCGUCAUUCUGAAAAACCUCAGCAAAAUUGUUGCGGAUGCUUUCUAUCAACCAGCAUCGCAACUACUGAAGCUCAGUAACUCCGGCCAAGUUGAGAUACAGCUAUUUGUUGAAACCCUGUGCCGCAACAUAAGCGCUAGGAACCUAGUGCGUAUGAGCGCCCAGGAGGCCUCUGAUGUGAACACUGAGCUGCUUCGCUUGCAAAGGUUAGCAUUUUUGUGCCAAGUCGAAAAUGGCUCUGGUGCCAGCCGCUUCACGGCCGGCGAAAGGGAGAUGCUUUACUCUGUCUCCAACAUAAUCAGGAGCAUCAGGCCGUAUGCCAAGGAGCAGGACGCUCUGAUCAAGACGAUGCUGGUGAACCUGGCCGAGAAGGCGAGCGUGUCCAUCACGAAGGCCGAGAUCCAGGCCGUGGUGGCGGCCAUGGGCAUGGGCCAGGGCCACUGGUACCAGUGCCCCAACGGCCACCCCUACUGCAUCACGGAGUGCGGCGGCGCCAUGCAGGAGGGGCAUUGCAACGAGUGCGGUGCGCCCAUCGGCGGGCGGGACCACCGACUGCGCUCCGACAACCGGCUGGCCACCAACAUCGACGGAGCCACACGGCCGGCGUGGCCGACCGCCAUGAACUACGGCUAUUAGAACAACGCACUGCACUGUGGGCCAGAAGACCGGUACAACUUCACCUUCUUUGAAGUCGUCUAUGGAUGUCUUAUAAAACUCAGAUUGAUGUUUACUGAACAAAAAUUGUGAGGAAUAAGAGCUUCAACUUGAGUAAUCUGAAAUAAAGUCAUCUACUAUUUUGUACAGUGUGA